CAGUCUAAGCUGUUGAAUGUGAAGUACACCUAUAUUAAUUUAUUAUUGGGUGUUGAAAUGUGAGAUACACCUUUUUAUAUUCAAAAUAUUUGAUGCAGAUGUCACAAAAGAAUCUGUUUUCUGAAAUGAAUGGUAUUCUUUGUUUUUCGAGGUUGACACCAUUUUUGAUGUGUUCGAUCUUGUUAAAAGUGUGUAAAAACAAAAUACAAUGUACACACAUAUUUGAGUAAAAUAUGUAUCCAUUCUUCACGUGAGGAAGCCAUCCAGCUGGCUUACGGAAGGUCGGUGGUUCUACCCGGGUGCCUGCUCGUGAUGAAAUAGUGCACGGAGGGGCACCUGGGGUCUUCCUCCACCAUUAAAGCUGGAAAGUCGCCAUAUGACCUAAAAUUGUGUCGGUGCGACGUUAAACCCAACAAAAAAAAAAAAAAAAAAAAAAAUAUGUAUCCUGUUUUUUUAGUGUGUACAGGUAAGCACUGCUCAGGUUAAUGCAUUUAUGGCAAAUAUCUAAACAUAUUUACACAAAUAUAUAAAUUAUCUGGAACCUCCAAAGUGUCUGCUUCAGCUGUUUCUCAGUACAAGUUAACUUGAUUCAGAAUUGCAUGUCUUACUAGUCUUGUGAUUGUGGAAAAAUGCUGAUGUUGCCCACUUUAAAUAGCAGUAAUAUCUGAAUGAACAGACAGUGGGUUGGUUAAAUAUUUUAAUGACAUUUUACAAUAUUGAUUUAUACAAGGUCUCAUGGUUACAUAAUACUGCUGACAACAUGCAUAAAGCUUUCCAUUAUUUUAUAAUCUAAUUUGUCUGAAAUGUCAAAAACGAAGAAAUGUAUUUCCCAACAAAGUCAAGAAAAUUACUGUCAAAAGAUUAUCAGGGUGUAGAAAAUUGAAUAUAGAAGAUGAUGAAAUAAAAAAAAAGGAUUUUACAGUAACGAAUUUAUUUGGAAAACCAGACAGAUAAUCUAUGUUUAGGGGUACAGUCAUGAUAUGAAAUUAUCUAGUGGGAAAACCUAAUACACUGAACGAAACUUCCCGAUACGUAUUUUGUGCAGUAUUUUCCAUAUUGUAUUUUUGAAAUUUUCGCACUAGUUUAGAGCAAUAUUUUUUAAAUAACAUAUUAAGAUUUCAGUGAAAUCGAAAAAGAUUGCCAGACAGGGAAGUAGGUGCAGUGAUUGCUAGAAACAUCAUUGUGAAGUGUUUAACUGUGACCUAUGAAGAUGUUUACAAGUGGACUCAAGUGAUGGUGUAAUUACUGCGCGAUUUUCUCUGGAUUGAUUUUCCUCGACAAUUAAUGCAUUAUAAUGACCACUUAAAACAAGACAGAAUUUACAUAAGCGAUCAAUAGAUGGAUGGUCGUCGGGUUGCAGAUUACUUUGUGGUAGCUGGGCUACCGGAGAACCCACAGCCCCUGGAAGAGUUCUCUAAUGAGGCUGCCAUUAAGCCCACAUAUAAACAGGACCCGAUUACAGAUGUAACUGUCAUCAACAAGUCACUAGGCGAGCGAGUCCCACGUGGGUACCAGUGCCUUGACAAGACACCUAAUGAAUAUCCAGCGGAUUUGAAUCAUGGCAGUAUACGUGGAAGUGAAAUGUACAUUUGUUACAGACGGAGUAGGGAUAAACCUCCGCUUACAGAUGUGGGAGUUUUGUACGAGAGUAAGGAGCGUCUGAUGGCUGGCUGUGAGGUUAUACAUACCACAUAUUUUGGUACACCAGCUAAUGUAAACAAUAGUAACAAUGGGAGAACCUAUAUCACAUACAGACGUGCGGCAGAGAACGCCCCUAGUGACAUGCUCGCUGUCGUUGAUCUCUGUAUUAUAAUGGAGAAUAAGGGUGAGAGCCCACCUCAUUCUUAUUGCCAGAUUAGUAAGAAUUUGAACAGAGGCUUGGUUGGCUCUGAUGUUUUCCUUUGCUACAAAAAGGCAAUGACAAAAAUAGAUAUAUUAGCAUACAAACCAGCCAUUUUGGAUCGUUAUCCAAAGGAAGAUUACCCAGAAUUCCCGCUACCAGAGUCAGUAGCAAUGUUCUGUUUACCUAUGGGUGCCUCCAUCGAGUGUUGGUCUGCCAAGGCUCAACAUCCAUAUCCUGUUUUCUCAACAUUUAUUCUGACUGGAAUUGGAUGGAAUAAGGUAUAUGGAGCAGCUAUCACAUUUUACGAGGAAUUUCCUGAAGACAAGCUUACAGACUUGCAGAUGCGACAUCUUGGCUUGAAGAACAAGCACAUCCGAGAACAGUAUCGUAUAAUGAAGACAGUACAUUCCAAUAAAAGUAUCUGUCUGUUAUCACAUUGGCCUUUCUUUGAUGCGUUUAAGAAGUUACUAAGCUAUCUGUACAGGAUAUCUAUCACAGGACCUCAUAUUGUUCCCAUAGAAAGACAUAUAUCUCAUUUUAUGUACGACGUACCCUAUCCAUCACCGCAAAGGCCUAGAAUUUUAGUUCAGUUGAGUCAUGAUUCAAUAUCACUCUCAAUGCCAGAAGAUUCACCUCUACCACAAAGUGGUGCUUCAUUUAUCACAAUGUUGAGGAACCUAGGUCCUGAGAACUGUAUGACGAUACUGCUAUAUGUACUGAAUGAACACAAGAUAUUGAUACAUUCCCUCAGACCAGCUGUCCUGACAAGUGUAGCUGAAGCUGUUUCCACUUUGAUAUUUCCGCUACAGUGGCAGUGCCCUUACAUUCCUCUAUGUCCACUUGGUCUCUCAGACGUGCUCAACGCUCCAACACCAUAUAUUAUUGGUUUAGACUCAAGAUACUUUGACUUAUUUGAUCCUCCGCCAGAUGUGAUAUGUAUAGAUCUAGACACAAUCAGGAUCUGGCCGCCAGAUGAUAAGAAGAAUAUCUCAUACAAACUGCUACCAAAGAAGGCAACCAAAGUUCUGCAGGAGUCUCUACACAAACUGUAUGAUAGACUGAAUCAGGAACUGCCACGACAGGGACAUGAUGAAGUCACGCUGGAUAUAGCACCUAUAGAUCAAGAUUUCAAGAGAAAACAUAAAGAGAUGAUCCUAGAGCUACAGAUUCAGGAGUCAUUCCUGAGGUUCAUGGCUUGUAUAUUGAAAGGUUACAAACAUUACCUGAAGCCAAUAGAGAAUGCUCCUGACCUAGAUACAACUAAUGCUGCCUCACUGUUUGAUAUGGCAGGUUUUUUAAAGAGUCGGGAGAAAGCUAACCACAAGUUUUUCCAGACAUUAUUAAGGACACAGCUGUUUAAUAGAUUCAUAGAGGAGCGGUCAUUUGUCUCGGACAAAGACGAUAGUUUGGCUUUCUUCGACGAGUGUACAGAAAAGGUUGAUGAAACAAAAGAUGAACCAAAAUUAAUUGAGCUGGAUGACUCUUCUAAAAGUGAGAGGACAAUGUUCAUAUUACCACCAGAGCCUGUAGGCUUGCCAGAGGGAAAAACUUACAGUUACAACGGUUUCCCAAACCUGUGUUCAGAUUUAUUCCUAGAGAAGAACAAGCCGGUAAGGUCAUCGUCAAAGAACAAAGGUCAGACCAGUCAACACAGUCCAGUUGCUCGUAGAACGAAGCAGGAGAUCAAGACGGCACAGAAACUGGCCCAGCAAUACAUCACACAACCACCAUUGUGGGCAAAAUGUCUACUCAGUCACUGUUACAGCCUGUGGUUUAUGGUGCUUCCUGCAUACAUUAAGAAAAGCUCAUCUGUUACCAAAGCUCUAUCACUUGCCUAUGAUGUUAUGAAAAACAUGCAGAGGCAGAAACUAAAGCCUCCAGAUGAGUUGUGUUACCGUGUGAUGUUACAGUUGUGUGGACAGUAUAAUCAACCUGUACUUGCAGUAAAAGUUUACUCUGAGAUGAAGCAUGCAGGAGUUCAGCCUAAUGCUAUCACAUAUGGUUAUUAUAAUAAGGCUGUUCUGGAAGGGAAAUGGCCGUCAAGCGUCAGUAAAGGGAGAUUACUGUGGAGAAAAGUGAGAAAUGUGAUCAUAGGAGUGGCCAAAUUCAGGAAAGCCAUCCGGCGACGAAGUUUGUCAGUGUACUCUAACUCUGGAAGUGAAUACGAUCAAAUCAGUCACACUAGCUUUGACAGUUUCCUAGAAGAUGAAAAAGCUGAAAUGAAACACGAGUCAAUAAUGAAACAGGACAGUCAUGCUGGGAAGGCAGAAAGGGGUACAGAGGAGAUUGAAAGUACUGGGGCGGCUUCAGAUCGCGGUUACAACUCUAUGACACAGGAGGAAGCAAAGAACUUUUCUGAACAUAUUAGUGAAGAACACAAGGAAUCUGAAUCUAAACAUAAAACUGACAUUAAAAAUGUGCUGAGGUUUAGUUUUAGAAGGAAACACAGAAAGAAGGAGUCAGAGAUACAGGAGGAAACUGGAGAUGAUGACAGUGCCUUCAAGGGUACAGAUACAAGAUCUAUUGACCAGUUUAGGUCCAGGGUAGGCAGCAUUGUCAAGAAACCUUCCUUGGGUAGUAACGGACAUGUAGAUGCAUUAGCAGUUGGGUCAUCAGCAGGACUUUUGAUGGUCAGUGAGUCACUUGUUAAUGGUUCAUUGUCCAAAAGCAUGGGUCCUUCAAUCACACGAUCUGAAAGUGUACAAGAUGAAAAUAAGAGGAAGCGGCACCGUAGCGCCGGUGAUCAUCUCAACACCAAAACUCGCUCAAACAGCCUCUUCAGUAACUGGAGGCAUCGCCAUUUCAGCGGUGAAGAGAAAGGAAUGAAGUUUUCAGACCUAAUGGCCAAAGAGGAAAGUGAACUUCUUGCUGAAGCUGAGGCUGGAAGCGAGAUGAAAGGCAUCUCAGAGGAAAUAAAAGAUAGUGGUGUUGAUUUGGAUGAAAAUACGGAAGUCAGUAAUUUAGAUGCUGAAAGUGAGGGAAUGUUGUUUGAAAUUGAAGAAAAUAGAUGUGAAGAAGGAAAUGAUGAAAAUUUGAGGGAAGAGAAACGAAAUAGAGUUGGGUUAAGUGAAGAAAAACUUGAAAGUAUUACUGAAGUUAGUAGGAAGGGAAGUUUGAAAUCAGUCACGUCUAGUCCAUUACAUGUUAGUGCCACCCCAGUCACAGAAAAUGAUCCGUUAGGUUUGUUUGUUGAAGAUCAGAACCAAGGAACUAAUUCUAAUAAGGAAAUACUAACACCAAAGAAAUCACCAGAAAAAUUAAGGGAAAAAUUUGUUGAAAGUAGACCAUUCGCCAAUGAAGUGAAAUUGAGAAAAAAUCUUGAAAAAUUAGAUUUGGGUAAGUGCAAUAUUGAUGCAUCAACUAAUAAUGAUGAUAACAGGGUAGAUAAAUCUAGUGGAAUAACUCUGAGUAAAAUUAUGUCACCUGUUGGAAAAGUACAGAAAACUUUGUUUAAAAUAGAGAGAACUAAUAGUUUUCCAGACAACCUUGGAAAUCAUGGAACAAAUGAAAGUGAAAAAAACAAAUCUAAUGCAGAUAAAACUGACCUAGCCUCGCUUGGAAGAUCUAGUACCUCACUGUACGAUCAAAGAACUGAGUCGGCUAAACCAGAGUCAGGGUUUUUCCGAACUCGGAGCUUCCGUCGACACAAAGAAAAUUUCAGUGGUAUGCUCAAAUUUGCCACAGGUGCUGUUGCACAUAAACUUACUGAGAUUAAGAUGUCUAUGACACCAAGUAAAUUGGGGUCAAAUACGUCCCUGACUCCGUCAUAUGAGGAAGUAGACUCGGAGGACGAGACAUAUCGAGAGGCAGCAAGAAAAAGAGGCAGCCUAGAUUUCCUACAUAGAAGUAUUGAUAGACUUGAUACAUCCAGUAUAAAUGGUGUACAAGAGAGCGCACCUCCAAGUCAUCCGUCAUUCAUGGAUCAGAUGGAUCGUCUUUGUGAGGCAGAGCGUCACAGCAUUCAUGUUCAGUUCUGCGACACACAGACCAAAGACGUAGCUAUUGAAGCAGAAAUAAGCAGUUGUUCCCGUUGUGUACGAUGUAGAUGUUUGUUAUAUGAUGAAGAAAUUAUGGCUGGGUGGAGCGCAGAUGAUUCCAAUUUAAAUACAAGCUGCCAGUUCUGUAACACAAAGAUGGUUCCUCACUUACUCAUUUACAUAAAGGAUCAUCGAGGAAAGAAGAAAUCUAAACUGUCGGAUGAUGAGGUAGAUGACAGUCUUAUUCAGUUUGAGGAUAGUCCAGCUCAUAGGCACUCGCCCAUGGAGCAUUCCUACGGAAAAGACUCGAACAUCUGUCCAUCUCCUGAGCCGCUGUUAAUGUUCGGUGAAGAAAUGGAGGACGAUUCUUCUGUGAAAAGUCCAGGGUCAAGCCACGACCCGUGGAUGAGACAGUCCACUCACAUUCCAUCAGAACCAACUGAUAUUCCAUCAGAAAGACCAUCACAUGAAUCCCCAAAUCUGUCAGAAUUAGCUAGGUUAGGUCAUCGGAGAACCGGUAGUGAAUGCCUGACUAGUGCUACAGAAUUUAUGUUUAGUUCCUCUAUAGACUCUUUAGAGAGUUUAACAUUCCGCAACUUGAGGUCUCCACUUAGUAUCUCUAUGGAGUCAGAAUCACUUCCAGAACACUCGUCAGUCUCAACAGAAAACAGGAAAAAUGCUUUUAAUGGUGGUUUCUCAUCCAUGGAACCAAUAUCUGUACCAUACUUGAGUCCACUUGUACUGAGGAAGAACCUUGAAAGUAUCAUCGAGAGUGAGGGUAAUUCUGCCCUUGGUUUGGACACCUUCGUUGAUGAACAUCCGAUUAUAUUUUGGAAUUUGGUAUGGUAUUUUAAGAGAAUAUCAGCAACAAGUCAUUUACCUGGUCUUCUGCUCACAGCAAAAUCCUUCAAUGUUUCAGGGGUAUCAGAUGAUGCAGAGUUUACCAGUGAUAAUGUGUUGAUACAACCAAUGUGGGAUAAUGUACGUCUUCACCAGGAGGUUGGACUUCCCAUGCACAUGGCUUGGAAUAAAUGUCAAAGUUCAACAACGGUCGAUGCACUGCUUACAGAGUCACAGCCAUUCAAUAGAGCGGUGAUGCACCAGAUCAUAACCAAUAUACAGUGUAAUGAUGUACUCAGUCCAAUAAAGAUGGUGAUGAAUGGUAGACGUAGAUUGCGAACCAAACGGAAACGAUUCCGAAGUUUGUACAGAGAAAUUCUUUAUCUGGCGUUUAUUGCCUGCGGACGGGAAAACAUUGACAAUGAUGCAUUUGAUAGAGAGUAUAAGAUGGCGUUUUCUCGUUUAUCACCUGGUGAAUUGAAAAGACUCCAGCGGGACGAUAAACCACGAUCUCCUGCUGUCCAAUGUUGUCGCCGUGUCUUUUUAGAGUUACAGUUAAUAAAAAUUUCGGGUCAGUGACACUGGGAACAGUUAAUGGUUUUACGGAAAUGAUAAAAUGGUGACGUACACUCCCAGGAGCUGUAUACAUAAUGGACAAAGAUGGAUAAUGGUUUGGAAAGUGACCAGUUGUAUUAUAGCUGUACAUUAAUAGCAUUUGAUAUAAGGAAAAUCACUCAGGAGUACAGUUAUUUGUUAUUUAAACAAUCGUGUUAGUGUGCUGUGCCAGGAUAUUUCUAUAUAUAUCUUGUAUAUGAAAAUGCAAUGCUGGGGGGCGAAAUAGAUUGAGGUAUAUUACUAGUGGGCAAGACUUCUUUUUUUUUUUUUUUAAUAUAAUUGGGUACAAGAAAGUUUUAUUGGAAUAUUUAUAACAGAAUAACAGAGAUAUAUUUAUAUUUGACUAGUUGUUUCGUUGGCAUACAUGCUUUGCUUUAAUUUUGCAUGAAUUUGUGUGAGGUAUUUAAGUACUCUAGUAAAUUUAAGAUUGCUUGAGAAAAAGGGUAAUGGAUUGUGGCUGAUGUGAAGCAAGGAUGUGUGAUACAUUAAUUCAUUGGUAUAAAUCCAUUAUUUUAAUGAUCUCAUUUAAUGUAUCUGUGUUAGGAAGUUCCAUGUUCUAGUAUAUAGACUUUGGAUAAUUUGAUUUAGCUUGGUCUUGCUGUCAUUUAUAGUUUCCGUUCAGAUUCUGGCGUAAUUUAGUAAAACUGUAAAAAUUAUAAUAUAAUGUAAAUAAAAUUGAAGUGAUUACAACUAUAGAUUAUAUGAGUGACCUUAAUUAUCAUGAACAAAGAGAGUUUUCGUUUUCUGCAUUUAAGAUUUUGAGAAAGGAGGUGUGAUAGUAGAAAUAGAACAGUGACCCCAGUGUGUGAUGACUGGCUAUUUUGUAGCUAUAAAUUUGUGUUUGCAAUUUGUGUACAUAUUCUGUUUUUAUUCAUGUGUAUAUAUUUAUACAUUAAACAAAUUGUUGUGUUAAAGACUGUAUAUGUGCAAUAUUACUUAACAGUGUUGAAGUAAAUAGCUUGUUUUGAAAAUAGUUCAUUGUGUAGAGAUUUCCAUAUUUUUUGUUAACUACAUAAUUGUAGUUUCUUUGUAGUUCUUGUUAUUUUUAGAAGGAAAAGUAACAAAAACCGUGUAAGAAUUACCUUUGUUUACAAUGUUUAUUGCUCUUACAACCUUACGCUCUUUAACCUUUAGCCUGCUGAGGGCAAGUGAUUCUGCCUUUGCGACCAGUGCAGACCAAGAUCAGCUGGCACGUCCAUGCAGGCUGAUCAUGGCCGCUCUUUUCGCUAUUCACUCAAUAAAUUUUCAAUGAACACCCCUUUAAAUGGGAAGUGGUACUGCCCAAAUUGAAUGGUAGACCAGUCAAUUUUUUUAAUUUAGCAGGGUGAAGGUUAAUAUGCUGACUACUUUACAUUCCAUUACAUAAAAUUCAGUGCUUGUUUAUCGCUAUAUUGUUUUUCAGACAUAGAAGGUUAAGUUUUCAUAGGAAAACUCACUUCAUGUUUCAUCUAUGUUUAAAUUUCACAGCAGAUCAAAUAAGAUUCCUUCUUCAUUAUAUAAAAGACAUCGUCUUCGUUAUAAGGUCGAAAAUCUUUCACUGGGUGAACACCAGAUGCAGUUUUUUUACUUAUUUAAAUAUGAAGGGAUGUAUACAUGGACAGAGGUAUGAAGUUUAACUUUGAUCAGAGUCAGGACAUUUCAUAAGUAUCAGUGUUUGUUGUUGAUGUCCCAGUGUUUUAUACUUGAAAUAGAUCAUCUGCACAUAAUCCCUUGUUAGAUAUCAGCUAAACUCAGCAAAAACAUGACAUAAAUGUUACCGUAACUUAUUGAUUCAAGGUGGAAUGAACUAUUUCUGUACAAUUUCAGUAUGCUUAAAUUGAGCGAUACUUAGGUACCUACGUAUCUAGAGUCUAGAAAAUUUGCAUGGAAAUAACAGAGACACUGAUGUCAAGUUUAUUCAACAGUAUCUAAAUAAACUGUUUAAAUUGUUAAAAGUAAUAUAAACUAAACAUGUAGGUGCAUUUUAGUUCUAUCACAAAUAUAUGACAUCAGGGUUUCAAAAAUCUGCAAAUUUAUUGGUAGCUCAUUGGGCUACCAAAAUUUUAAUCUGGUAGCCCGAACGUUUAAGUGUAUUUGGCAAUGGUCAUUUCGGUUUAUUUACUAUGUGCUUCUAUACUACAUUGGAUGGAAUGAAUAAAUUAUUAGAGUUUCAUCAUUUUAGCCUUACGCACAUUGUUAUAAAUUUUGUUCUCUUAAAUAGCAGUUAUCAUUACUCCUUUUGCUCAUUUUAAAAGAUAAAACUACAUGUUUUUAAACUGAAAUAUUAUCAGGAGUACUCCUGAUAGUUAUUGCAACAUGGCAAUAAAAAAGGAAUGCAAAUCACUUUUUAUAAACUUGCAAAUUCCUUAGAACUUACUAACUUAGAGCUGUAUGAAUUGUAAUUUAUCUCAAAAUUAUUUAAAGUUGAUCCUGUCUGAUUCUAAACAUCUGCCUGGUUUAAUAAACAGACUAGAACUGCGUAUAUAGUGUCUCUGUUUCUUGACACCGUAUAUGAAUUCACUUAUCUGAAUUUAUGUUUGUCCAAAUUUCUGUAUACUUUCUGAUAUUUUGCAAAAUCAUGGUCGAUUUUUUUCAUGUUAGGCAAGUAUUUAAAUUGGAAAGCAUAAACAAUCAGUGUAGGCAACUAAAAUGCCUCAAAAUCAAACAUCUGUUCUGAUCACUCGAUAAAUAUUAAGGUCAGCGAAACCGAAAGUACACUUUGGCAGGUGGCGCUAAAAUGACAUAAUUUUAAGACUGGUUUGCAUAUUGUUUUAAACAAUACCGAUCAGCGUCUUUGAUGUUACUGAAUCAGUCUAAAAUCAAUCUUGCACAUGUUUUUGUAAACAAUUGCCUGCGGGUAUGAUUAAACGGUUAAUUGUUUGCCGAUUGUGACAGUAGGUGUUAAGAUAAGCCUCGGGCAUGUAUUUCUUGAUAAACAAGGGGUUUAUAGACAACCGUUACUAUCAAAAUUAUAUUUGAAGACUAAAUUAUUGAUUUCCGGGCUACUCGAUACGGAGUUUCAAGGUAGCCCGCCGGGCACGCUCUGAAAAAAUUUAGUAGCCCGACAGAAUUUUCUGGUAGCCCCCGGGCUACGGACAUGGGAUUUCUGAAACCCUGGACAUCAUCUAUCCCACAAUCAAUUAAAUACAUUAUUUCAAAUAUUUUGAAUCACUUCAAAAAUAGAAAAGUUACGUCAUAGUUAUCGUGUUGUUUGACUGUAUCAUUGGAGAUUUGACCGUGAUUUCAUCACCCUGACUUCAGACAUCCAUGACAGGGCUCUGUAAAGUAGACUCCAUGCUGCACAUUCAGAUUGAACUUCAGAACUUAAUUUUCACCCCCUCCCCCCACAACCCUUGGUGUUUAAAGAUUUAUUAAUUUGCUAUCACACAUUAAUUCAGUUUUGUUUAGCUUAUUGUAAAAACCUCUGCUACCCUGCUUUGCCUUCAUAUGAAUCAUUUCUUGCCUAUUUUCUAAGUUUUCUUAAUUCUACCCAAAAAAUUUUUUUUAUUAAGUGAGAUGCUAAUAAAUUUCAGCAGAGAGUUGAAUUAAGAAAAUAUUAUAAGCAAUUUUUACUCUUAACACUUCAAAGAGGCAUUGUCAUUAAUUUUAUCAUGUAUGUCGCUAACAUGGUUAACAGAUAAAUGUAAAAAUUAAGAAGCGAUGUAGAUCAUAGACUUCAUACCAAAGAUUAAAAUGAGUUGUUUUACAAUUCAAGAUACUUUGUGUUGUAGCUAGGUACACAAAAUGACAACAGUUAAAGUUAUUUUAUUUAUAUUGUAGCCAGGCACAACAGUUCAAGAGAUUUUGUAAUUGUGUUAUAGCCAGGCACACAAAAUGACAAUAGUUAAGAUAUUUUGUAAUGUGUUGUAGCUAGGCAUACAGAAUGACAACAGUUAUGGUUAUUUUUGUGUGUUGAAGCUAGGAACAAAGAUUGACAAUAGUUAAAGACAUUUUAUAAUGUGAAGCUAGGAACACGGAUUGACAAAUAGUUAAAGACAUUUUAUAAUGUGUUGUUGCUAGGCACACAGAAUGACAAGAUGAAUCUAAUAAUGAUAUCAUAUAUGGCCUAAUGCCAGACUGAGAUUUUCCCAUGUGCACUGUAAAAUUACUCGUAUAUCACCUAGCAUGCAAAAAAAUGUAAUUUUACAGUUUGUUUAUCAAUUUGGUUAUAAAGUUGCAUACUUGCAUAAACUGUCCAUUUGUAUGUGCAGUUAAGGGCAUUAGGUGUUGGGUGAAUUAUUAAAUAGAUUAAUACAUCACAAAAGUGUUCAUUUAAUUACGAGGGCCUAAUAUACAUCACAUGCUCACCAUUGUUUUAUGCUUAGCCAGUUACAUAUAUGGCAGUUGUUUAUUUCCUUUGCUUUUGCUAACAAAUCAUAUUGUAUGUACAUACCAUGUAAUCUUUCUGUAAUGACACGGUAUAUGUUUUAUGAGUUCUGCGAGGACUAAGUGGUGGAAUUUCUACUGGUUAUGGCUGUUAAUCAACAUAUUGUCAGAAAAUAAAAAUUUAUUGAUUUUAUUUUCUAAAGCUGUUCAUUUGAACAUAAGGUGAACCAAACCUUGCACUUAAAUUUGUGCUGAGCCUUGUUAAAAGAAAGAUAUAUGAGCCGUGCCAUGGGAAAACCAACAUAGUGGGUUAGCGACCAGCAUGGAUCCAGACCAGCCUGCGCAUCCGUGCAGUCUGGUCAGGAUCCAUGCUGUUCGCUAACGGUUUCUCCAAUUUCAAUAGGCUUUAAAAGCGAACAGCAUGGAUCCUGACCAGACUGCACGGAUGCGCAGGCUGGUCUGGAUCCAUGCUGGUCGCAAACCCACUAUGUUGGUUUUCCCAAGGCACGGCUCAUAUGUGAAAUACAUGCUCAGCAAGCUUUCAGACUUGUUAAACAAAUACAAUGACAUUGCAGUAACUUGAGUGAUUAUUUCUGUAUAUUAUUCAACAAGCUUGGAUAAUGAGAGACUAUUUUCUAGAUUAUUAAAACUGGAGAUCUGGUGCUAGGAUUUGUCCUUAUAGAAAACAGGGUAUGCCUCCAAUGAACUGAAUAUCCCUUACUGAAAUGGUAAAAUAAUUUUACGUUUAACAUUAAACAAGGAAGAACUAUGUUAACUUCACAUAAUGAUUUGUGUAUUGAGUUGUAUAUCUAAAUAUAGUCUAAUUAUUUUCAUAGAGUUUCUCUCUUACUAGCAAUAACUAAAAAUUAAAUGUAUUUUCAAUUUUUGAUCAUGAAGCAUAUAUGUUAUGUAAUAUUAAAUUUAAAUAGAAGUUUAAAAAUGAAGAUUUCAAAAAUAAUUAUAUUUUUGGCUCUGUACAACAUAUGUAACUUAAUACAUAUGUGUGGCGGAGAUUGUUGACAUGUGUUAGUGGACAGAGUCUGGUAUCAGAUUUUCAACUGUGUGCAGUUAUUAAGGGAAGCUUGUUUCACCAUUAUAUUCUGCUAUGAUAAGAAAUAAAGAUUUUAAAAAUGAA